AGUAAAAUCUUUAUAAAUCUAACCUUGAUUCUACCUGCGUCAAAUAAAACUUAUCCAUUUGUAUAAUUGAAAUAACAGUCAGACUUCCUAUUUUGUAAGUAGUUUAUCAUUGUGUAUGUAAAUAAAAUCUCGUGUAUGUAUUUAUAUACAUCCAAACCUACAAGGUAAAGACUGAAGCAGUGUACACCUGAUAGAUAAUCAGUUCUAUGUGUGUUCAAAAUACAUAAGAUAUGCACACGUUACAUUUACUUGACCAUUUGCCUAGCGUGACUGUAUAUGAUAUACGCACAAAUCUAGAAGCAUAAGCAGAAUGUUAUUCUCCAUAAUUGAAUUUAUUUGUGUAUGUAUGUAAUCAUGGCAUCAUAAUCUAUCAAUAAAGUAUGUAGGGAGCAUAACACCCUAGUCUUGACUUCCAAUCUUAAUUCAUUACAAAUGCCAGUGCUAAAUCAAUAGAUCCAAUAUGCAAUUAUGAAAUGACUCAACCCAGAAACAAUAACAGGUAGGAUGAGGUGGCAAUCUGGUCAACUUAUUAUUACAUGCUUUUAAUACGUGAAUAAAAAUUAACCAAUCAAAAUUUAAUUGACAAAUACGAUUCUUGAAAAUUAUUGGUUGCGAAGAUUAGUUUUUCCACACAUAGCAGUGGUUGCUGAGUCGUAUUGUUACAACGUUUUGUAGUGACUUACAUCUGACGUAAUUAUGGACAACUACAGAACGGAAAUAAACAUACCGAUAUCAAGAGAUAAGCGAACAUUCGAACAGCGCCGAAAGGAUAUGCUUAGUAAUCUUGAACGUAGUUACAGUAAGCAUUCAAGAACCGACAUCCACAAGAAUUCAAGUUCAGAGUCAUCAAUACCCUUAACUGAAUCAACUAUAAGUGGAUCAAAUCGUUAUAUUAGUGAUUGGGAUGAUGAAGUCAAUCGCUGGAUUAGUGAAACACGUAGCAAGUGGAGCGAAGACAUGAAGCGAAUGAGACAGUCCAUGUUCGCUUUAGAGCCUGUUGAUGAUUUUGAUCUUGACCAUUGGGGUAAUUUUGAACCGAUUCAUUCACUUGAUGAUCCAUCAACUAUGAUGGAACAAAUGGAACGUCGAAUGGAAUCAUUACGACAAAAAAUGGGAACUAUGUCCAGUUUUGGUCCAUCACAUUUUUCUGGUCCUAAUAGUUCAACUAUGCAAACAUCAAGUUCACGUAUAACAUCAUCUACAUCGCAUAGUAGCGGUAGUGAUCCAAAAAAUAUGGUGACAAAAAGUAAUGUUGUAGAGUCUACACAACAUACACGUACAGUAGAUGGUGAGACAACAACAACUUCAAGCCAUUCUAGUUCAUCAUCUAAUACAUCAGGAUUACCAGGCAGUAAAAUUAAUGUGACUAAUAAUCCAGGAAGUUUAAUUUCACAAACGAGUGUCCCAUGUGGCAUGAUGGAUUUUCUCAAAGAUGCCUAUGAAUUAGGUGAUGAUGGAAAGGUACAUUUUAAGGUACGAUUUGAUGCAAAAGAUUUUUUACCAGAAGAUAUUGAAGUGACUACAGUUGAUAAUCAUCUACGAGUUCAUGCUAAAAAAUCAAUUAAAUCAGGCAAUUCAACAACUGUACGUGAAUUUCAUCGUUCUGUUGAUUUACCACGAUCAAUUGAUCAUGAAAAUUUUCAAUGUCAUAUGACAGAGGAUGGUGUAUUGAUACUAGAUGCACCUGUUAAAGCUCCUGACUAUCGAACAAUCACAUUUCAAGAUGAUCGUCAACUUGGCAUCCGACCACGUGCUGAAUCUGAGAUAAAAGCCACUCCUAAUAGUAAUAAAACACCAGUUUGUUUAACUGUAACCGGUUGUUCUGAACCAACAAUAAUGAAAGAUGGCAUCAAUGGAAGAAAACUACAUCUUGAAGUCACUGUAGAUCCAAUUUAUAAAGCUGAUGAAUUAUGCGUUCGUAUGGAUUCUAAUCGUAUAGUUAUAACUGGUUGUCAAAAGAAAACUGAAGCAAAAUCAACUUCCACUGCCGAAUUCACUCAGUCAUUUGAAGUUCCUGAAACAGUAGAUCCAUUUUCAGUUACUGCUCAAUUGAUUGGAACAACACUUGUCGUUGAAGCGCCAUUAUUAUGCACAGUUUAGGUUGAGUAGGAAAAAAACUCAAUUCAUCAUGAAUAUUUUGUGUAUGCGAAGAAGGGUUGGAGAGAGAGAGAGGGAAAGGGAAUGAAUAACAUGUGUUCUUUAUAAAUAAAAUGUUUUUGUUAGUAAUACCUUAAUGUGUUACACCACACAACAAGUGUGUAGUUAUUUUGUAGGGGAAUGGGAAUAACUAAUUCUUUAAUGUUUUAUUUGCUUUUAUUCAAAUAUUAUUGCUGCAUCACUUUGCUAUUACAAUUAAUGAUUUUCUACAUCUAAUCAAUAAUGACUGUCAAUCAUGAGAUUGACGUGCUUUUUUUCUCAAAGAAAAAUUUGUCCAGUGUUUUCCAUUCUAAAAAUGAUCCAAAACUGUUUUAUUUAUCAGUUAACUUUUUCUCCAACCCUUUUUAUAUGUUUAUUUUUAUCUCCAGUUUAUGCGUUAUGUCUUCACUGUUUCUUUUUUGCUACUUUUCCAAAGAUGAGAUGAGAAGGUAGUUAUGCUGUUUAUCUUAUUAUUGUGAAACUUAUUUAUUUAUCUAUACAUAAUUAACAUUUUCGCAUGCAAUCAUUCGUUCUUUAAUGGUUACAUUAUUUUACUAUGUAAAACGGAAAUUUUUUGCUUAUCAUAUCAUUUUUCUGCGAAUGUAUGAGGGAGAUAUGCAUACACUCUAGUUGUUUUUCCAAAAAAAGUACUGGUGAUUAAUACAAGGAAGAUGGAGGUGACUAUGUGCACUAUCACUACUAUGACUAUACCAACAUUUUUAUCAUCACUACGACAACACUCAUUAAUAAUGUUAAUUUGGUUAGCCUAUUCAUAAUGCUUAAUUUCAACUAAUAAACACUUUUUAAAAGAUUGAAUUUAUUCUUGUUUUGCUUUACUGCAAUAUAAAUCCAAAUGGUUUGUACUGACAUUGUCAGGAGUAGUCAUUUAAGACAGAUUGUAUAUUAUUUGGGGUUUUUUUGUAAUGUUCUUGAACAGGAUAAUCAAUUUGAACAGUAAUUUCAGAGUUAUUUUCCUGGCAUCAGAACAAAACCUAUUAAGAUAUUUUCACAUCAUUGAGUUAUGUCUUAAUGAUAUCAUGAAUUUUAAUUUUAAUCGAUUUAUGACGUAACCCUGUUACCUACAUAUCAUGUCAUCCUGAUAGAACAAUGGGAAGAGAGUUGAUCUGAAAAAAAUUUGAUGUAUUUUAGCUAUACAUUUCAAACAAUCAGGUCACACAAAUACUUGUCAAGGCAUUUUAUGUAAAUAAUUGAUAAAGAUCAAUUAAAUAAAAGCUUAGGUAAACAAAGUUGUAAUUAUAAUCAGAGAUGGACGGAUGGUGGCUAACAAUGGAACCCAGUAUUCCCAUCUGGGACCCGUCAGCUGAAGUAGAUGUUCACUCGGGAACUCCAACCCAGUACCGUUCACUUCAAAAGCCGUCGCGUUUUCAACAGGAUGCACAUAUGCUAAUAAGUGACUGGUCAAUUGCAGUCCUAAACAUCAAUGGGAAAAUUCGAUCAAACAAAAAAAGUUAUAAUUCUUAGCAAAGAGAGGAGGGAAUUAAUAUCGUAUAGAAACAAUAGGAAACUGUCAGUGUCACGUCAUUGUCGGUCAGUUACUGUUAUAUUACCAUAGUUUUAUUCAGGAAUUUCAGUCAGGCUGUAAUUCGAGGGUACAAAUAUGACAAAUUUUAUUCCAGUUGGAAAUAAGAAUAGAAUUAGUUACAAUACUAUACACACACUGACACAAGAUAAUUGUAUCCUAUCCCUAUGGGUGUGUGAACGCAUUUAUCAUAAAUACACAAACCGUGUUCGCGUACGAAAUAAAGGUAUUGAUAUCGAGAUUUACAUGUACAUGUUUACCUAAACAAUUUAACAGAAAAGACAGUAGUCUAGUUAAUUGAUUGGGAAAUGUAAAACAUGAAGGACGGCCGAAAUAUCACAUUCAUUGUAUUAUAAAUGAAAUUUCACAAUAAAUAUUUCUAGCAAAAGAACUGAAAAAGGUAAAUAUGUUUCGCUAUUUUUAGAAUUAGUUUUGACAUGUCACAUUUGAUCGAAGUUCUAUUCGCAUAAUCGUACAUCUAUGUGUGUAUAUUAUUUGUAGGAAGACAAGAGCACUCUGACCAAAUAGAUAAGUACAACACUACAUAAAAGAAAUGUUAAGGUGCUAUUAUUUGUAGUAGUUGGAAGAUUGUGUCCUUCCUCUUAUAUCUAUGGGCAAACAAGUGAAUGUGCUUCCUUAUCAUCAUAUUUAUAUCUUUACUCUUCAUACAACCGUGGUUUGUGUAUUUAUGAUAAAUGCGUUCACAC